AAAAGGGGUGCGCUUAGUAAUUCUAGGGGUGCGCCGAGCAGGAACGAAACUCAAAGAGCUUGUGAAUGCACCUGCCAAUGUUAUCCCUGGUUAGAGCUCAGAACCUCCCUACGAUUUUAUUCGAACGUCGCAUUUCAACCUUGCCCCUUCUUUGUGCGCAGCAGAGAGCUCGACUUCAACCGUGAGCCCCAGCGAGCCCCGGCAAACAGCGGCAGCGUGCGCCGGCGAGCAGCGGAAGCAACCGCCAGGUCUCCUGUUCCUCUCACUCCUCUGUUUCUUCAAACUUUUCCGUCUAAAUCUGGUGUGGUGGUGAAGUCAAGCUCUGAGGUCUUCUUCUCCCUUCUUUUCCCUCGAUCUGUAUCUGUGUACGUUGUAUCUUUGCUUCUCCUUCUUCCUCAUUUCGAUUUUUUAAUGCUCUGGGAGGAUUCAAAUUAUCGAGGCUUACUUGGCUUCUGGGAGGAUUCUAAUGGCUCGAUUAAAUACAAUUAGAUUGUUACAAUUGUCAUUUUUUUUUAAAUGCCAUCAAAUUGGCAUUUUUACUCUUUAAAAUUUCCAUAUUUUUCUUAUAAAAUGCCAUUAAAAUGGCAAUCUAGAUUCAUGUUGGCAUUCUGUUAAAAUGUUUGGCAUCAGUGUUGGCGUCCUUCAGAUCUGUGGUGGCAGCAGCUGGAUCUGUGGUGAGGGCGUCUGGAUUCGCAGGGGCGGCGGUCGGCGGUCGAUAGAGGCCGGAUGUGGUCCGAUCUGGGGAGGCGGCAACCAGAUCUACGACGGCGGUGAUCAGAUCUGCAGCGGCGGAUAGUUUUGAGGUUGCGGCGGCCGGAGGCGGUGGCCGGCGGUGGCGGCCGGAGGCGGCGGCCGGCGGCCAGUCAUGCUCUCUGUCGGUGGGAGUCGAUUUGUGAAGCUUCCAGGGUAUUUUUGUCAACCUACAAAUAAUAACUCCUAUAUAGGGAAUUUUUAUACUUUACUCCUAUUUUAGCAAUUAAGAAUUUAAUUACUCCCAUUUAGGUAAAUCUCCCAUUUGAUUUUCUUUUUAAAAUUUAUACGGCAGCAUAACUCUAU